AUGAGUUUUUGCCGCUCAUCAACCAAUAAAAGCAGCUACUUUGCCGAUAAUAAUGAUGAAAUACCCAGAUUUGGUCCAUUUAACAAUGAGGAAAGGAGACAAUAUAAUAGAGUUCAGAGGUACAUAAUUGAAAAUAGAGGUACUGUUUUGAAUAGCUAGUAAAGAAGAAAUAUUCCUAUUUAUCUGAAAGGGCAGACUUAAUAUGAGGAAGAUCCAAGAAGUAGAACAAUUUAUCAGACUGCUAGAUUAAUCAGAGGUAAAGCAAGCCCAGAAAAUGAAAGCUUAUUCUAAAGAGCUAAGAAUUUCGUCUCUUCUGUUGUGUAAUCAAUAACAAGAUUAGGAGAUGAAGACAACAGAGAAAAGAGUAAUUCAUUGGCUAUUAGGAAGUAAAACUUUAAUGAUAUAGAAGUUGAGACUUUUGACAAAUAGUUAGAUGCAGUCCCUAUCCCUUAAUUAUUCAACUAGAAUGCUCUUGAUUAAGAUUAAUCGAUGAGAGAUCAACAUCAAUAAAGAAGAAUAAGCAUAUAUAGGCCAUAAGGAUUUAUUAACUAAUCUCAAUAGCCUAGUUAGUAGGCAUACUUAGCAAAAAGAAAGUCAAGGAAUUAGUAAUAUCAAGAAGAGGAAGAGUAGAUUGAAGAUAUAAAUGAUAACUUGGCUUAAACUAGAUAAAAUCCUUCAAAAAGGUUAAAGUUAAAGCAUCAAUAAACAGAUGAAGAGAAGAUUCUUAGGUAAUUGCUAGAAUAGUAGAAUAUUAAAUUCCAAUAACUUCAAGAGACUUUAGUUAAUUUAUAGUAAGAGUAAUAGAAUAAAUCGAAAAAACUUGAGGAUAAAAUUGAGAGCCUUAAAAAAAGCUUAGUAUCUAACUUUUCAGGUUAAGUCAAGGAUAAAAUUGUGAAGGUAUGGAAAGAUGGGACUGAUAAAUUCUAUUAAGAAGCAAAGAGUGUGAUGAGCAAUAAUAGCAACAUGGGUGAUGGUUAUUCUGUAAUCUCUGGACUGUCAAGAUCUAGAUCAAACAGUCGUGAUUAUCUAAUGAAUAAAUCAUUCAUGUAAACUAAUAAUAAUGCCAAUAACAAUUACACUACCUACAAAAGAGAUAUUUCAAGGUCCCACUCUGAAUUUGGAGGGGAUCUUGAUGAGUAGCUUCUAGAUAAAAAUUUCAACAAUACUCCAUAAGGCACCAAAACACAACUCUAAAAGAAAUUUGAUGAAAUAUAGGAUAGUAGCAAGAAGUCAAACCUUAUUCAAUAAAAAUCAGUUUUCUUCGAUAAUGAUAGAAAUGGAGCAAUUUCUCCAAUUGAAUAAAUUAAGAAUGCUUAGCCUUCUGACAUAUUUGCUAAUACUAACUUAAAUGUAAGCUCAAGCAAAGGCAAGAAUGAAAGUAGUCAAAUAAUGAAUUAAUCACCAGCUUUUGGGCUUUCAUCAAAUUUAUCAACUGAGAAGAAAUAAGAGGAAAAAUAACCAAUAUUGAUUGACAAGCCACCAUCAUUAGACACAGAUCCAUCUUUGAAAAAACCAGUUGCCCAAAAACCAAGUCUAUUUGGAAAUAAUAACGAGAAUGAAUAAAAUAAUAAAACAGAAUCAACUUUUAAAGCUGGAUCUCUCUUUGAAUCUAAACCAUCUACUUCAUUAUUUGAAGACAAAAAACCAGCGAGUGCUUCAAUAUUUUCAUAGUCUAAUCUAUCUACUGGAUCACUCUUUGGAUAAAUUAAACCUGUUGAGUCAACAUUCAAAGUUCCAGAAGCAAAGUAAAUAGAAACUGAAAACAAAUAAGAGGCACCAUCUCUAUUCAAGUCCAUGAAUGAAAAAAAAGAUAAUAUCACCAUACCCCCUAGCAUUUUCUCUGCCAAAGAAACUGAAACUAAUAAAACCUCUCUAUUUUCAAAUCCUAUUGGUGAAAAGCCUUCACUAUUUGCAUUCUCAGGUAAUCAAAAUUUGACUAGUACAUCUAAAGAUAAGUAAGAAGAAAAAACUGAAGUUAAACAAUCUUUAAAUUUAUUUGGAGCAACAAAUAAAGAUUCUGGCAAUAUCACUGCGACUCCAUCGUUAUUUGGAAAUACUGGGAUAUCUUAAGAUAAAAAAGAAGACAUGCCAACCUCUCUAUUUACUCAAGCAGAAAAAAAAACAGAGAAUGAAGCUAAGAAAGAUGAAACUAAAAGUAUUACCAGCAAUCCCUUAUUGUCAUCAAUGAAGGCUAAUAAUCCUUUCCUUCAACCGAAACAAGCUGCUAAUAUUUUUGCAUCAAUUGCAAAUGAUGCUACCAGUUAAUAAGCACCAUCACUUUUUGGCUCUAAUCAAUCAGAAGUUAAUAAUAAGUCAAGUGUUUUCGGAUUGGUUUCUAUUCCAAAAGUAGGAGAUGAAGUUACCACUAAUAGCUUCUUUUCUUUUGGAAAUAAUACUUAAAAACCAACAGACAAGCCAACAAAUCCCUUCUUAACAAAUUAAGCCUAGACUACAGAAAAAUAAAAUCCUUUCGUUUAAUAAGUAGCUCCUUAAACUGAGAAAUCAAAUCCAUUUGCUAAAUAAGGUUAAUAGUCAAACCCAUUUGCUAGUGCAUAACCUAAUCCAUUUACUGCCAAUAAUUAGCAACAAAAUCAGCCAUAAUCUAUAUUUAAUCAGUAAAUAUAGACACCCAGUCUUUUUGGUCAGCCUUUAGAGUCACAAAAAACUCAAUUAUAAUCAAAUCCUUUUGCCUAAGUAAAUCAAUAACCUUAGAAUUCUUUAUUUGCUGCAACUCAGUAAAAUCUAUUUGCAUAGCCUUAAUAAGCUUCACUAUUUGGUGGAGGGAUUCAACAAAAUUCAAACCCAUUUGUGUAAAACGCAGGAAGUUUGUUCCAAGGUUAGUAAGCUCAAUCCGUGUAAAAACCACAUUUCAACACUGUAAGUUCUUCAUUUUUUAAAUAAUUUUAAUAGAGUAACUUGUUUGGAUCACCUGAGAAGAAGAAAGAAGAUUAAGAUGAUGGACUAUUUUCAAUGGGAAGUGCUGGCAAAAACGCCAGUGGAAAGAAAAAGAAGUGA